GGCCAGGACCCAGCCAUGGCGGCCGAAGCGCGCGGGCGUCCGGGCAGCCCCCCGGGCGGGGUGGUGGCGGCGCCGCCGGGCGGCCCGCUGCCCAUGAACCUGUUCGCGGCCUGGGAGGUGGACGGCUCCGGCCCCAGCUGCGUCCCCAGGUUGUGCAGCUUGACUUUGAAGAAACUGAUUGUAUUGAAAGAAUUGGAUAAAGAUCUCAUUUCUGUGGUAAUUGCAGUCAAAAUGCAGGGUUCAAAACGAAUAUUGCGGUCUCAUGAAAUUAUGCUGCAUUCUAGUGGGCACGUAGAAACAGAACUUGCUCUGAGCUUUUCCCUGCAGUAUCCUCAUUUCUUGAAAAGAGAAGGCAACAAACUUCAGAUCAUGCUGCAGAGGAGGAAACGGUAUAAAAACAGAACAAUUCUGGGCUACAAAACUUUGGCAAUGGGAUCUGUGAACAUGGUGGAGGUGUUGCAGCACCCGAAAGAAGGAGGCCAAGUUUUGAACCUUUUCAGCAGCAUCAAGGAAACUGCCGUCAAAGUAGCAGAGAUCUGGAUCUUCUCACUGUCCAGCCAACCAAUAGACCAAGAAGAUAGUGCUAUACACAUGAGCCAGAAAAUCAAGUCUGCAGACAACUAUUCCGAAGAGGAAUAUGAAAGCUUCUCUUCAGAACAAGAAGCCAGUGAUGAUGCAGUUCAGGGACAGGAUUUGGACGAUGAUGAGUAUGAGUUGGGGAAACCAAAGAAGCAGUGGAGAUCGAUAGUAAGAACAGCAUCCAUAACCAGGCAGCAAAACUUCAAGCAAAAAGUAGUGGCCCUCUUGAGACGAUUUAAAGUAUCUGACGAGGUUUUGGAUUCUGAGCAGGAUCCAGCUGACCAUGUCCCAGAAGUAGAAGAAGACCUAGACCUUCUCUAUGAUACACUUGAUAUAGAAAACCCUAGUGACAGCGGCCCUGACAUGGAAGAUGAUGACAGUGUCCUCAGUACUCCUAAGCCAAAGCUAAAACCUUACUUUGAAGGAAUGUCACAUUCAAGCUCUCAAGCAGAAAUUGGAAGCCUCCACAGCGUCAGAAACCAGAGAGAGCCACCCAGUCCUGUUGAAGUGCCUGAAGAGGACAAGAAUAUUGGAAGCAGACAACCAGCAGACAGCGUCUCUGACACCGUGUCUUAUGAAAAUAAACAACAAGAAGACGUAGAAACUGAACUCUUUCCCCUGGAUAGCUUCAUGGGAAAGGCUCCACUAAUUGGCAGGAUGACAAAGACAGAAUCUCUCAUAAUUCCUUCCAGCAGAUCGGAAGCGAAGCAUAUGGGACGCAGAGGGAGAAGCACAUCUCUGAAGGAAAGGCAGCCGGCGAAGCAGCAGAAUGAGAGAGCCAACAGCCUGGACAACGAACGCUCUCCAGGAACCAGGCAUCGCUUGCAGAUCCCUAGGAAAACUGUGUACGACCAGUUGAAUCACAUCUUGAUCUCAGAUGAUCAGCUGCCAGAAAAUAUCAUUCUGAUUAAUACCUCCGACUGGCAAGGACAGUUUCUUUCAGAUAUCUUGCAAAAGCAUGGCCUUCCAAUCGUCUGCACGUGCUCCUCUGCAGAUAUCCAGGCAGCUUUCAGCACCAUUGUCUCUAGAAUACAGAGAUACUGCAACUGCAAUUCUCAGCCUCCCAAUCCAAUUAAAAUUGCAAUUGCGGGAGCCCAGAAUUACCUCAGUGCUGUGCUGAGGCUCUUUGUAGAACAACUGUCUCACAAAACCCCAGACUGGCUCAGCUACAUGAGAUUUCUUAUCAUACCAGUAGGUUGUCAUCCGGUGGCAAAGUAUCUGGGUUCCGUUGAUUGUCAGUAUAACUACUUCUUCCAAGAUUUGUCCUGGAAAGAUUUAUUUAACAGACUUGAAGCACAAAAUGCUGUCCAGGAAUCACCUGAUAUUGUCUCCAGAAUAACUCAGUACCUAGUGGGAGCAAACUGUGCCCACCAGUUGCCCAUUGCAGAAGCCAUGUUGACAUACAAGCAGAAAAGGAAAAAGAACUUUCAUUUUGAAUUUAAUAUAAGCCCAGAUGAAGAAUCUGCUCAGAAGUUCAUCCCUUUUGUUGGAGUGGUAAAAGUUGGAAUAGUUGAACAGUCCUCUGCAACUUCAGGUGACUCGGAUGAUGCUGCACCCUGCAGUUCAAGUGUCCUUUCCUCAACCCCACCUUCUGUGUCUCCUGCUGUGAAGGAAUCUUCUCCCACCCCACCCUCCUCCCCAUCGGUCACAGGCACCUUGGCUUCCUCCAGCUGUGGCCUUGGUAUGGAACUGAUGGGUCUUCAGGUGGAUUACUGGAUUGCAACUCAUCCUACGGAGAAGAGGAGAGACUCCGAAAAAAAGGACCCCUCUUCUGCCAAAAACACUCUGAAAUGCACUUUUCGGUCUCUCCAGGUCAGCCGGCUGCCUACGAGUGGGGAUGCCAUUUCCACUCCAACGAUGUCAAUGACGGUUGUCACAAAGGAAAAGAACAAAAAAGUGAUGUUUCUGCCUAAGAAAGUGAAAGACAAAGACUUUGAUUCUAAGAGUCAGUGCAUAGAGGGGAUCAGCCGGUUGAUUUGCACAGCGAAGCAUCAGCAGACUAUGUUGCAGGUGCUUAUUGAUGGAGUGGAGUGGAACGACGUGAAGUUCUUCCAGCUAGCAGCACAGUGGUCUUCCCAUGUCAAGCAUUUUCCCAUCUGCAUAUUUGGGCAUUCCAAAUCCUAACAGAGCAGGAAUUAUGGGACAGUUCUGCAAGCCACAACACAUGAGUACCAGCUGUUUGUGCUCUCUUACUUACGUGCUUGGAUAACAGCUCAGAUACGCUUCUGUUUGUUCUUCUGUUGUCUGCAAGGGAAGGAUAGUACUUAAAACCUCAGCAAUUCAAUAUUAAGUCUAGCCAGCCAUCUAAGAUACUUGCAAGAGCCCUUAAUAAUUAUU